AUGCCAGAAUUACAAAAGCAGGUUGAAGGAUUAACUAAGAAAAAAGAAGAUCUUCUAUCAAGGGUUUCUAGGCAAGAAUAUGCAGUCAACAAAGAAUCACAAAGGAAAAUUAAUCCCAAUUAUGAUUCUUCUUUUGUGGUUUCAACAAGUAGGUUUAAUGAUAAUGAGCUUGCUAUUCAUAUUUCUUCUUAUGAGGCUAACAACAUUCCAUUAUCAGAGAUCUUGAUGUGCUUAGAAAAUAAUGGACUUGUUCUACUAAAUUCUUCUUCUUCGAAAACAUUUGGAGGGAGACUCUUUUACAACUUGCAUUUUCAGCUGGAGAAAACUCAAAGUUUAGAGUGUGAUGUUCUAAUUCAGAAGCUUCUGUCAAUAUAUGAGAAGCAAUGCAAUCAUUCUAGUGUUGGAAGAUAAAAAUAAAAGGCAAAAUAGCUUUUUGUCCCGUAUGAUAACUUCAGGGUUUAUUUUGGUCUCUUAAAUUCAAAAAGUUUUAUA